GGAGGAAAGAGACGGUCGUCCGUUACCUUCCACCCGACGGAAGUUAACGAAGCAAACCUCUUUCGAUAAGUUCUGAUAGCUCACUGUCCCUCUGUUGUCUGUUGGACUUGACAACUCUCGACAUGUCUCUGGAAGCUCCCAGCUGGAGCGCCUGCUUGCACUCGAACCGACGGUCGGUCCCCAACUCCGCUGCCCUCUCCGCCAGUCCACUGCCCUUCCAACUACGCCGGCCCAGAGCUGCCCGUUUUCCAGCUCCCCUGUUCUUCCGCCGUGAUGCUGCUUCCCGCGUUAUAGAGGCAACGACCCGGGCGGUCCUGGAAACAAAGGAGAAUGCGGCGACGGAGUCGAGAAGUUCGCCGGUGAGAAUAGUGGCUGUUGUUGGAGAAGGCAGCGUCAGCCCUCUGAAACAUGCGCCGUGGUCGGAGGUCAUGCUCCACACCGCAACUAGGAUGAAAUGGGUAAAUGAAGAGUUUGAAAUGCGGGUUUUUUCCGAUGCUUCAUGCCGAACCAGUGAUCAACCAGCAGCGGAAACCCUCCGUGAUGAAUUAACUCAGGCAGAUAUAUUGAUCAACGUCGCUGUAACAAAUCAAGAAUCAGUUGAGUGGAUUCAGAACAACAGUGGAAGCAUCCCGAACGUAAUCUCCUUUGACUCGUCCGCGAGACUGACUAGCAAGCUCGGUGGAUCGGUCAUCGACACCUCAACCCAAGGCAACUUCUUCGCCAAGCUCGUGGAACCCAAAGAACCGAUGGAAAUUGUAAAAACAGUGUCGGAGGCUUGGGCUCGGAACAACUCGGAUGACAUAAGGUUUUGUCUGCUGGUGAUAAUCAAUGCUUACAUACGGCCUGUCCCGAUCCUCAAAAACCUGAGAUCAAAAGGGUUCUCUACUUUGAACUGCAUGGUUAAGAACUGCGGGCCGCAGAUACUGAAUUGCCUGCUGGACCCGAACUGCCGGAAAGCCCUCCAGUGCUUGAACAAUUGCAGCCCGGUGGAUCAGGUGUGCAAUUACCGGUGUAUCGCAUCUUAUGAAAGCCCGAACUUGGAGGCAUUUUCCCUGUGCGUCUUGCAGAAGAAUAACUGCCUCGGGUUGGAUGCAGAGAUCCCAAAAUUGCCAUCGGUGCCCCCGAUGGUCACUUUCCGUGGGGAAGAGAUGUCUCUUGAACUUGCCGAAGAUCUCUUCGUGGGUUGGUUGGGAAAGUUGGAUUGGAGCUGGCGGGUUGUUGCAGGUCAAAAUCCAGCAUACGACCAAUUCCCGUGUCAGUACCAGCUUUUCUACCGGGGCAAGGCUAAAGGGUCAUUUUGGUACGAGCCCGUGUUCCAGGUUAGGACCCUAGAGGGGAAGCUGGUAUGGAGGAGGAGGAAGUACCGGGUUAAACGGGCCACAAUCCCAGGGACAUUCUUCUUCAGUGUCUUAGACAACGGAGUGACCUCAAAUGAGUUUUGGACCAUUGUUGAUGUGGCGGAUGAUCUUAGCUGGGGAUUGUUCCACUACAGCGGAGCAGCUCGGGCAGCAGGGCAGUCUUACACCGGUGCAGUGCUCGUGAGCCCCGAUGGGCAGUACCCGGAUGAGAAGCAGCGAGAGAGGCUAGCUUCAGCAAUGGAGAAGUGUGGGAUAAAGGAGUGGGAGCUGUUCAAUGUGGAUAACUGCUCUUGUGUGGAUCCUCCUCUGGGAAUUCCUGAGGGCUCGAGGUUGCAUUCAGCUAUUAAAGUUGAAGAUCAGAAGUGGGUUUAUUCUCAAACGGGCUAAUUGAAGACAGAUUCACACAUAUCAGUCUUUAAAACGAUAUCAUAGUAUAGUAUAGGAUGUUUGAAUCUGUUAGGUUGAUGAAGAAAAUGUACCAAAGGAGGUUCCUAGAAGAGGAAGUAAGGGCUAAUAGGAUUCAUCUGUAAAGCUCAUAUAAUUAUUCUACCUCAGAAAUGAUUAUUUGGAAUUCGAAAUCGUGAAUGGCAAAGUAAUUUUACGUAACA